AUGGAAAGGGAAUUGGGAAAAGAUGCUGCUGAUGUCAAGGAGGUCAUGGACCUGAUAAAAGCUGCUUGGCUUUUGAAGACUGUUGCUGGGUUCUCUCAAUGCUACGAAGGUCUAGUCAAGGAAUUUAUUGUUAAUAUUCCUGAGGAUAUUUUUGAUAAGAACAGUAAGGAGUUCUACAAGGUGUAUGUGAGGGGCAGAAAUAAUGAGGGUGCAGGAGAAUUAGAAGUUACAGACAAUCAGGUCUGUAGGGAGAUUACAACUAGGCAAGUGAAAGUUUUGCCUGUUAAAAGGCAUCUUCCUGCUGGGAAGUUGACUGUCAAGUAUGCUAUCCUGCAUAAAAUAAGAGCUGCUAACUGGGUCCCUACCAACCAUAUCUCCACCAUUGCUAAUACUCUUGGGAGGUUUAUUUUUGCUGUUGGGACAAAAGUGAAAUUUGACUAUGGUAGAUUUAUGUUUGAUCAAAUCAUCAAGCAUGCAACUACUAAUGUAGUUAAGCUGCUAAUUGCUUUUUCCUCUAUGAUAUGUGGAAUUAUCUUGAACCAACAUCCUGGUAUUCUGUGCUCAAAUGAUUUACCUAGUAGGAGAAAACCAGCUCUGUCUGUGCACUACAAACUCUUUGAAGGUAGUCAUGUCGAGGAUAUUGUCAUGACAUCUGCCAUGAAGAGGUCAGCCUCAAAAGUUGGAGCAAUUGCUGAGCUUAAGGAGACAUGCAAAGAGCUAGGUGAAGGAAUUAGGGCUGAGGGUGAAAAUGUUGAACAUGCUAAUGUCAGCCAUGAAGAAGAAGCUGAAGCCCAUACCUCUAGGGAGAGGUCUGCUAACAAUGAUGAUGCAAGUGGCAAUUCUGCUUCUGGUGCUGAUGAAGAGGCUGCAAACUCAAGCUCUACUGAGUAG